GUGGAGGAGGAGGACUGACUGCCCUUCAUCUGUCUGCUCUAGGCGGAGCUGAAGUUACCGAGAGCGGCCGCCGGAGCUCGACGCGAUCCGCGGGCGAUAAUCACCCACACCGGGAGAAAUGCGCUAAUUUACCCGAGCAGACGCUGACCGGUGAUCAGUUUACCGACCAUCAUCGACUGAGACUCACUGCGCUGUUUAUUAAAGGCCUCUGUCGCUUCGGAUCGGACUAGAUGUCGCUCCUGUUCGGCCGCUUCAACCGACCGAUGGGCUCGACGCAUUCUGCCGUAGAUUUGCUUCAUUUCAGAAACACUAUCCUGGCGUUAACGCAAGAAUAAAACCAGAUAAAGCCGGGAAAUGUCGGACAUGUCGUCAGCUCGUGAAGCUAAACAUCGACUGAAGCGGACUGACACGAAGAAACCUGACCCAUAUUAAGAUACUGCUCAAGCAUCUGGACCAGAACCAAAUACAUCGAAACUAAAUCUUGUUUAUAAACAACGAUAACAACCGAGACGCGAUCACAGCAGGUUUUCGAGACCACUCUUAAAAGGGGCUGAAGACAUGCGAGGAAGUGUCUCACAUACACAGCGUGAGGGAUAAUCGCUCCAACUUCAAACCAGCAUGGAGAAAAUGCGUUUAUAAUCUAUUUAUCAAAGCACGCACAAACCCAAAAGCGUCUGAAACCAUGCGUUGCCUCCAAACGUUCAUCUGCACGUCGCAUUUCGGACUACUCGAGCACAUGAGUUUGAACUUCGGUCGAUAGAGAAGAGGGGGAGAAAAAGGAAAUUUACUCAAACUACUACUUUUUUUUUUGUUUUAUUUUUUAUUUUUAAUUUUUUUUUUUUUGAGCUGAACCCACCCUAAAGCACCAGGACCAUCAUCAGGAUGAGAGUGCGGAUCCUAAACCGAACAUCAGUGCUGUCACUGGGGCUGUGCUCAGUGCUUCUCCUCAGUGCUGUGGCUGCUGCUCAGAGUGAGGAGAGAGAGCGGGAGUGUGCAUUUAAUGACCAGCACCAGCAGGUGGAUGAGCAGAGUGUGGCUGGUGACUGGCACAUCACCAGAGAAAAUAACACCAUCCUGUGCAGCAAGAGCAGCCGCUGCUAUGGAUUGUGGGAGAAAACACAUGACGGAGAGAUACGCCUGGUCAAACAAGGCUGUUGGACUUACAUUGGCGACCAGCAGGACUGCCAUGACGACCGUUGCGUGGUUACCACCACGCCAUCGCAGAUCCAGAAUGGCACCUACAGAUUCUGCUGCUGCAGCACCAACAUGUGCAACGUCAACUUCACAGAGAACUGGGUGCCCAGCCCUACCAGCACUACUCAAGAAGAACCGCCUAUACACAGGGAUGAGGCCAUCUUCAUCGCCAUUGCAUCUGUCUCUAUAGUAGCAGUCUUGAUAGUGGCGCUGUUCUUCGGCUAUCGCAUGAUGAUGGGUGAGUGUAAACAGGGUCUGCACAAUAUGGACAUGAUAGAGGCUGCGCCGUCAGAACCGUCUCUGGAUUUAGACAGUUUAAAGCUCCUGGAAUUGAUUGGUCGAGGACGCUACGGUUCUGUCUACAAAGGAUCGCUGGAUGAACGCCCAGUCGCCGUAAAAGUUUUCACCUAUGCCAACCGGCAGAACUUCGUGAAUGAGCGCUCCAUUUACCGAGUCCCUCUUCUGGAACACGAGAACAUUGCUCGCUUUAUCGUUGGCGAUGAGCGUCUCACGACAGAUGGGCGAAUGGAGUACCUGCUGGUUAUGGAGUACUACCCUCAUGGCUCUCUGUGUCGGUACCUGAGUCUGCACACGUUGGACUGGGUGAGCUGCUGUCGUCUGGCACAUUCUCUCACGAGAGGACUGGCGUACCUGCACACCGAGCUGCUGAGAGGAGAUUUAUAUAAACCUGCCAUUUCACACCGGGAUCUAAACAGCCGUAAUGUUCUGGUGAAGAACGAUGGCACGUGUGUGAUCAGCGACUUCGGCCUGUCCAUGAAACUGACUGGAAAUCGCCUUGUACGGCCUGGUGAAGAAGAAAACGCUGCCAUCAGUGAGGUGGGCACAAUCCGCUACAUGGCGCCGGAAGUGCUGGAGGGAGCGGUGAACCUCAGGGACUGCGAGUCGGCUUUGAAACAGGUGGACAUGUAUGCCAUCGGCCUCAUCUACUGGGAGACCUUCAUGAGAUGUACUGACCUCUUUCCAGGGGAGGCAGUGCCAGAAUACCAGAUGGCCUUCCAGGCCGAGGCAGGGAACCACCCCUCCUUCGAGGACAUGCAGGUGCUGGUGUCCAGAGAGAAACAGAGACCCAAGUUUCCAGAAGCCUGGAAGGAGAACAGCCUGGCCGUGCGCUCUCUCAAGGAGACUAUGGAGGAUUGCUGGGAUCAGGAUGCGGAGGCUCGUCUGACAGCGCAGUGUGCAGAAGAGCGUAUGGCAGAACUUCUGCUGAUAUGGGAAAGAAACAAGCCCGUCAGCCCCACCAUCAAUCCUAUGAGCACAGCGCUGCAAAACGAGAGGAAUCUCACCCACAGUCGCAGGGCUCCCAAGAUGGGCUCUUAUCCAGAUUACUCUUCAUCCUCUUACAUCGAGGAUCAUGAGGGCAUGGUGAAGAACCUCCCAGGCGACGUCUCCACGUCUGGCACGUCCACUGUUGGUGGCAUUGGUGUGAGCGGCAUCAGCGGCGGUGUGGCAGUGACGGGAGAGAAGAACAGAAACUCUAUCAACUACGAGAGACAACAGGCUCAAGCUCAAGCUCGGCUGCCAAGUCCAGAGACCAGUGGCACGAGUCUCUCCGCCACAACCACUACGACAGGCCUCACGCCCAGCACCAUCAUGACCACCAUCUCUGAAUCAGGCCACUCGGAGGAGGCUGGAGCUGGGGGGAGCGUACCAGUGUGCCUUCAGCUCACAGAAGAGGACCUGGAGACCACCAAACUGGACCCCAAGGAGGUGGACAAGAACCUGAAAGAAAGCUCUGAUGAGAACCUGAUGGAGCAUUCGCAGAAGCAGUUCAGCGCUCCUGACCCGCUCAGCUCGGGCAGCUCUAGUCUCUUGUAUCCGCUGAUCAAACUCGCCGCAGAAGUGACUGGAGGAUCAGGAACUGGCAGCCAGGCUGAUUUCGGAGUGGGCGGCAGUGGAAUGGGCGACACUCCUACAGCCAUGUUCCCUCUUCCCAAGCAGCAGAAUCUCCCCAAGCGGCCUACCAGCUUGCCUCUCAACACCAAAAAUUCUGGUAGGGAGUCUUCGUCGUCACGGUUGAAGUUUGGCAAGCACAAGUCCAAUCUGAAGCAGGUGGAGACGGGUGUAGCCAAGAUGAACACUGUAGUGACAGUCGAGCCACACUUGGUCACCGUCACCAACAACGGACCCAGUGUCCGUAGCGGUGUUGGAGUGGUCGUUGUUAACGGAUAUGGUGUGGGCAGUGGUGCCGGCUCCUCAGAUGCGUUUGGGAACACAAACCCAGCCGGGCCACAAGGUGAUGGCGGUGCCCCUCUGCUCCAGAGCCAACUAAGUGGAGAAGACAGCCGUCUCAACAUCAACAUCAACUCCAGUCCCGACGAACACGAGCCCUUAUUGAGGAGAGAGCAGCCAGCGGCACGCGAUCACUCUGGCCGCACCAACUCCAAUAACAACAACAGCAACAUCCACACAACUGCCACGAUUCGUACCUUAGCUCCCGUAGACGCCCAGAUGGAGACGUUAACUUGUCCUCCAGGGGCACCAGAUGGAAGGGAUGAUGGGGUUCCUAUGAGACAGCAUAAGCCCAGGAGACCUGAGCGGCCAAACUCACUGGACCUGUCAGCAACUUCACAGGAUUCUUCUCAUUUGGAUGAGGCCGUGUCACAAGAGGGAAAGGCCGGAUCGGCCGAGAAGAUUAAGAAGCGCGUGAAGACACCUUAUUCGUUGAAAAGGUGGCGUCCUUCUACGUGGGUCGUAUCUACAGAAACGCUGGACGGAGAGGUGAACAACAACGGGCACAGCCAGCAGAAUGGGACGGCGGCAACUGGAAGUGCUCACCCAAGCUCUGGCCAAUCAAAAUCCAGCAUCGCCGUGUUCCUGGUCAGCGGCGGAACCGCAACCGCCGCUCUAACCUCCGACCCGCCAGAUAUGACCUGCCUGUGAACUGGCAUCUCCGCUUUUCCUCUGAGACUUUAAACACAUGAGGGGUUCGUCUACGCUAUCGUGCUCCAAGAACUGCUCCAACUGAUGACCGAAAAGAAAUAUACGAAAAGCAGACUCUUGAAGGGACGUCAUUUGGCAAGCACUUAACUUUGUCGAACUUUGUUUUGAAGAAAUCGCUUUAAACCGAACCCAGCUAUGCAGCAACACUGGCAUAAAAUGCUUCCAUUUGUUUUUGUUGUUUCUUUUUCAAUCACGUAUGGUUGUUCUUUCUUCUGUUGCACUUUUUUUGUAAGCAAUCUUAAUCACAGAUCCUUCGACCACGCUAAAGACUGGUCUUAAAAAACGUAAAUGACAAUGUGUUGAUUUAACAAUCAGUAAAUUGGCCGAAAAUGUUUAUGUAAGAAGGCAGUGCUUCUCUCCUCAGCAUCUCUAACCCUACAGUACAUUCAUAUGUUUUAUAUUUGUUGUACGUAUCUGUGUACUCAGUUUUUUUUGUAUCAUAUUUUGAAAUGUGCAAUAGACUUUAGCUUUGACGUGCUCCAUAAGACAUUUUGCUAUGUGUUUUAAGCCGCUUUUGUUUGUUUCUUGUCUUUAGUUUAUUUUUGAAGCGCUGCGCUUAGCAGUGGCAGUCCUGUGUCCAUUCGGCCACCCCGACUGCAUUUGAGAAACAUCAAGACAAUCCUACACCUUUUCACCAAUCCCAUCACUCUAGAAAAGGGAAGAAAUGGAAAACCUUGGGGUGUUUGCUUUAAUUACUGGAAGUUCAUUAUGGACGGCUUGGCUUCUCACAAGCUUCAGCGAGGACAUUCGUUUUUUUUUUUUUUCUGUUACACUACAAGUCAGGCAUCAUCCUGGACUGUUUGCUGGAAAUCAUGCCCUCUGAAGACACUGAAUAAUCAAGUCCCUCUCUGCACAUGCUCAGUGCAGUUUUACCUCUGUGAGAGUGUUUGUAAAUGUGUAUGUAUGGGUCUAUUUCUGCUCUACGGAACUUUCAGCUGAAAAAGCAUCCGUCAAACGAGACUUUCCACUUCCCAGGACAGUGGACGUUGCUCCACAUGCUUCAGAAAGCGAAAACACACAUGAACAAAAUAUAUACAGUAUGUACAGACUGAAGCUCACAGCUAAUUUAGUUCUGUCUUAGCCUCUGGUAAAAAUAAGCUGACAUGAUAGUGUACAAUAAGAAAUCAUGAUUUUGUUCAUUUUUAGCUGUUUCUAAAGUUAUUUUUUCGUGCUUUAUUUUUUAAAUGUUUAAUUUAUGUAGUACCCAGGGGCAUCUUCAUUCUCUGGGUUUGUUAUUCUCAUGAAAUCGAAACGGUAAGUUGUUUAUAAUCAUGUAAAAUGAUCUUAUUUCAGUCAAAUGCAUGUAGUUUUACCCUUAGUCAUGUACAAUCACAGAGGGAUUGACACUUUGUUUCGGUGCCACUAGAAACGCAGUCAUGCUUAAGUGCCGCAUCCUCAUACACUUUGAGAGCAGUUGAUGUUUUUACCAGCCAUAACAUGGGCCUCGUUUUUUAUCCUACAACUGCUGCCUUUUGUGGAAAACUGUGGACACGAGCCAUUCAAAUAAUUACAUGGUGAUGAGGAAAAUUCCCUCGUAUGCUAGAAAUAUCAGGAAGAACGAUGAUAGCACACGUUUGAUCAGAAAGCGCGCUUGUUGUGCUUGUAUGCGUUUUCCAUGAUGAGCGUGGGGAUUAACUAUGAUUUGGCACAAGCCAGCAUUAUCUUUGGACUUUGUCCAUUCCAGAGCGGGGCACUUUUAAAAAGUCAUCUGAUUUUUCCCUUCAACUGGCUUUUUCUAUCGGAAAACAAGACUAUACAGUGCAGUUUAGUUUCUCACGCCCUCUUUCCUGAACCAAUCGGCGCUUCAGUCUGACUUUUGUAUAUGUUUGUAAUAUAGGCUAAACCUCUGUGGUGUAAAUAUAUGGUGCGUUUAUAUGCACAUAUACAGACUCUUCAUCUGUUGCUUUGGGACCAAGAACAACGCUAAAUCACUGUGAGAUUUAUCUGGAGAUAAACACAGUAACGUCAGACUGUUCUCAGCUACGUCAGUGUGAAGUGAAAUGAGAAAUAAUAGCCUGAUGCAAGACGAAAACAAACCUCCAGUGCUAAUUUGAAACGAUUUAGACCAAAACGUUGAUGAAGCUGAGUCAUUGGAAGUGUAGUUUGUCCAGGAGGACUGUCCAUCUGCUACAUGUUAAUAAUGCAAGAUGUUUACACCAGAGCCUUUGUCCACUUCUACAGCACACUGUUGAAUACCGAAUCAUUUGCAGAUACUACAUGCCUUGUUUAUUCUUGAAGCAGGCCUUGAGAAGUCAGACUUUUUUAAUUGAGUCAAGUCGCAGGAAUGUUUGAACUGAACCAAGUCGUGCUUUUGAGUUUAAAAAAAAAAAAAAAUACUGAGCCCCUACAUCGAUUCCAAGACAAAUGGCUAGCAAUGUGUCCCCCUAAAACACCAACACUACGUUUCAGCUCUAUUUUGGGGUGCGUAUGAGUGAAUGAAUGAAGGGUCUGUGUUGACAAGCUGCUGUUUUUCUCUUUACUUUUGAGUUCGUUUUGAAGCUGAAGACUUUAUUUGGCCCCUGCGUAGAUGGAUGUUCAAAAAAAGCCACUGACAUGUUUUCUAUUACAGCUUGUAAAGUAAGCACUUUGAGAAAAAGAACAAAUGAUAACUCAUGCUUUUAGUCUAUUCAGAAAAUGUUUUAAAAUGCCAUUUAGAAAAUGAAGCUUGCUGUACAACCCUGCAUUACUCAGUUGAUUAAAGAUUAUAUUAAUGAAAACCUGUA